AUUAUACGCUAUGACUGGUACAUCCAGUGCAUUUCAUUCUCAAUUCAUUCUUAAUGGAGUAAAAACUACUUUAAGCUCAUUGCAUGUUUUUGCAUUCUCACUUAUUUCCUGAGUUGCCUACUGAAUACGUGACAGCUCUGCCCUGCAUCGUGUUCUUACAUGAUGGUUGUAGUCGUGCUCAUUUCAAAUCAGCAUUCAAAGCCACAUGCCGCAUCUUGCCAGGAAUGAAACUGAACCUGAGGCUAAACAAAAAGCUUCUAUUCUUUGUUCUCAGCUGCAUAUUAUUAAGCUUGCAAUGGACCUGGCAUUUGCAGCACCUUGAAGGCGUCAAGAAACCCAACAUUACCAUUCUGUUGUGGUACUGGCCUUUUCACGUUCCCUACAGCCUGAAGGAGGACAUAUGUCAGAAGAAUUUCAGCAUCUCUGGUUGUCACCUGGUGGAUAAUCGUACACUCUAUUCCAUCGCCGACAUUGUUGUCUUUCAUCAAAAAGAGCUUAAGACAGGCAGCCAAACACUUCCGCUUCAACUCUCUCGACCAGAUCACCAAAGAUGGCUCUGGUUAUCUCUGGAAUCGCCACAAAACAAUGGGAAUUUGAGCAAGUAUGCAGGGAUCUUCAACUUGACCAUGUCGUAUCAUCCUGGUGCAGAUGUUACAGUACCAUAUGGGAGGAUCGAAAAGAAAUCUAGCAAAACAGAGACUGAUGAUUUUGUCAUGCCUAUGAAUAAAACCCAUCUGGUGUGUUGGGUGGUCAGUAACUACCAGAAUCAACACAAGAGAACAAGUGUGUACCAACAGCUUAAGAAGUUCAUUCCUGUGCAGAUGUACGGACGUGCUGUGAGAAAGCCAGUGAUACAAAGCAUGUUGCUACCCACGAUUUCCCGUUGCUAUUUUUACCUUUCUUUUGAAAACUCUGUAUCUCCGCAUUAUAUUACAGAGAAGCUGUGGCGUAACGCGUUCAUGGCUGGUACAGUGCCUGUAGUGUUGGGUCCACCACGAAGCCACUACGAGGCUGUUGCACCACCACAUUCGUUCAUACACGUGGAUGAUUUUGACUCCAUAGCUGAGCUGGCUAAAUUCUUAACAGAACUAGCUGGAGAUGCAAAACGCUAUGAUUCUUAUUUCUCCUGGCAUCAAAACUACACUGUGAAACUAUUUGAAGAUUGGAGAGAGAGGCUUUGCAACAUCUGCCAGGUUUAUGACGAGUUUCCUAACUAUAAAAUAUACCACAAAUUAGAUGCAUGACCUACAAAAAUGGGUUAGACAGAUCUAGAAUGAAAUUAGUUACGUUUAAGUAGAAACACCUUUGCAGAAGUACAAGAAGAAUUUCUUAACAAGUGAAACUACAAGCUUAAGCCCCAUUUCCUCUUUUAUUCAAAUCAUGCUGAUACCUGGGAGAGGUCUCUACAGGAUGUGCCAAUCAAACCAACCUAACAAACCACAUGCCCUUUAGUUUUAACCAAGCAAUAAAUUAAACCACAUCUGUCCCAGGUUCGAGUGUUCACGAUAUGAAGUUUAAUAUGAUUCAGAAAUGUCACCAAAGCAAACUGUCAUCUCCAAGUAUUUUAUAAUAGUCACUGUCUAUCAUUUAUAGACUCUGAAACCAUUGCAAUACAUAAAGCAUUAUCACCCAAUAAUGACACAUUUUGAACCAUCAAAGAUUUCAUUUUAAUUGCUAACACUAAACAUGGAAAUGUACUUGAAGUUUCAGGAAAGACAGCUCUGCAACUUGUCAAUAAAUUAUCAAUUUUCACAUCA